UUGAUAAUUAAAGAAAGAAGAUGACUGCUAAUAACUUGUGUUCAGAAAAAAAGAGGACUGCUAAUAACUAAAAGGACCCUAACUAAAAGUCUCAAAUAAUGUCUUUGAGAUAAUUGUAUCGGUGGACAAUUUGUAGACAAAAAGCCUAGUUCACGGUUGGCGUUGAAGGCAACCUCAUUUUUUCUUCUUUCUCCUUUUCUGUGCUGUUUUAUUUUUAUCGUACAAAAAACAAAUAAAAUAAUUUCUAUGAACCCUAUUAUCAUCUAUGACUUUUGGAAAACCGGCACUAUCAAUUUCUAGGACUCAAACUUUGACCAUUUAAUUUUGUUUUCAACUUUUUUUUUCUCUCGAAAUAAUGCAAAAUUUGAAAAUAGGUGCGUGCAAUUUAUGUAGACGAAAAUCAGUCCAAGAGUCAAACAUUAUUUAACAAACAUAUUUGCGGUAACCAAUUAUUUAAUCUCAAUUUACUUUAUGGGAUAAUUUGAAGAAAAAUGCUAAAUCUUGUAAAUUAACACCAGAGGUAGGGUCCUGAGCACAAUAAAUUGAAACAUCGGCAUAUAAUCCUUAAAUUUUUUACUAUCAAUUUCUAGGACACAAACUUUGACCAUUUAAUUUUGUUUUCAACUUUUUUUUCUCUCGAAAUAAUGCAAAAUUUGAAAAUAGGUGCGUGCGGUAACCAAUUAUUUAAUCUCAAUUUACUUUAUGGGAUAAUUUGAAGAAAAAUGCUAAAUCUUGUAAAUUAUUAUCAGAGGUGGGGUCCUGAGCACAAUAAAUUAAAACAUCGGCAUAUAAUUCUCAAAUUUUUUUAAAAAAAUUUACAUAGAAAAAAACCUCCAAAUUUAUUUUAAAAAAAAAUUCGAAAAUCCUCGCUAAAGUCUCCAACAUCUCAUGAACAUCCAUGACUAUCACAAAAGGCCAUUUAAUAGAUUUUAGGUAUUGGAGCUUAUGACCAAAUAUUUGAGGUUUAUUUUUAGGGGGUAAUGCUUACUUUACGUACCUUUUAUAGUUAGGGUUUGGGAUAUUCAAUAUUGCUGAUUACACUAAUUCUUAAUUUUUAUAUAAAUUACAUAUAUUUCAUAACUUUUUCUUGUUUUUUUAAUUUUUCGUCAAGAGAUAUUGUUUUGAUAUAAUCACGUUGAAAAUUAGUCUACACUCAAGUCAAAUGGUCAAAGGGUGUAAGCUCAGUUUCUUGGACUUCACCAGUUAUCAAUUGUGAUCGAGUGAGUACAUUGUAAAAGUUCUUGGUAAAAUUUGGUACAUUGUAAAAUCCACAAAACCUUGUUAGUUUCGUACUCGCGAGUCAUUCCGAUUUCGAGAGCUUGUAUUUUUCGAUCAUUACUGAAUUUGUUUGAUUUAGAUAUGGUUCAUAAGACGUAAUUAACUGGAAAAUAUGAAAAGACAUCAUGUGUGAUUAACUAUAGUCUAGUGUUAGAUGUAAUUUUUCCAACAACGCUUUUCUAUCAUACAAAAAUUAGUUUCAUAUAUUACACUAUACAGUAUUAUUACUACAUUUAGAUUAAAUUCGUUACUUUGUCAUGACAAAUAAAACGUUAUUAUCCCUUUGAUAUAUCGUCUAUAAGUUUUACACCAACAAAAAUUGACGUUUAUCUUCUUUCUCUCUCUCUCUCUUGUUGAAGCUUUUUGUGAAAAAAACUAAUGUUUAUUGCAAACAAGUAUAUAUAUUUAAAUAAAUUUCCCCGUUAGUUUCCUGAUUUUCUCAUCGAAAAAUCAGUUUCCUUAGGAAAUGUAUAGAACCCAUUCAUCUGGAAAACAACGUUAGAAAAAAAAAAGCGAUUAUAAAUUAUUAUUUGUUAUUACAAUUGAUUUAGAAUAUAUUGUUGUAAUAUAUUUGAAUUGAAAAAAAAAGAAUGGUAAAUUCUUGUUGUAUCAUUAAUUACUGAAAUCGGAAACUGUGAAAUGUACGGGGAUGUGCCGGUGUUUAUGGCGGAAGGAGAGUUGUUCAGGGAUCAACCAUACGCAGGAGAACUUCCUCAGGGUCUAUGGACCACCGGUCUUUGUGAUUGUCACGAAGAUGGUUGCAUUUGUUUUCAGACAGCUAUAGUGCCAUGCGUCUCCUUCGCUCAGAACACCGAGAUCGUAAACAGAGGAACCAUACCUUGCAUAAACGCAGGCUUGAUUCAUCUAGCGUUAGGAUUUGUGGGUUGCUGCUGGCUUUACGCGUUUCCAAGCAGGUCAAGGCUUAGGGAACAUUUCGCAUUGCCUGAGAAACCAUGCAGUGACUAUUGGGUCCAUAUAUGUUGCACACCGUGUGCUAUCUGCCAAGAGUCUAGAGAACUCAAGAACCAAGGCGCUGAUCCUUCCCUCGGUUGGGUUUCGAAUAUAGAGAAAUGGAGACGAGAGAAAAUAACUCCUCCCAUUGUUGUACCAGGCAUGAACCGCUAAGUGUUGCCUUGUCUCUUACGUUUCGUAACUGUUAUGUUAGAUCACGUUAAUUAGCUUCUUGUUUUUCCUCAGUUUAGCGUAGGGAACAAGUCAAAUA